AUGUUAUUCAUUUCACUUCUAAUCAAAGUUGUCGCCGGUGUUAAUACGCAAGUUAGUAGUGGAGCAAGCACUAAAACAGCUAGUGCGUCAAGAUUCACACCUAGUAGCUUGCCUCUUUAUCCACUUGACUUCCAGGAUAGUUGGCAAGCGUCUAGACCAAUUCCUGUAGACUUCAACUACUCAGUGCCGAAUUACGGCCCUCGUGAUUUGACUAAAUACCUAGAGGAAGCACAAAAGAGUUCGGAACUAUUGACCAAACAGAUUAACGAAAGAGAUUGGCAAGAUCGUAGCAUCGAAAACGAAGAGAACCGUGCCGAUAUAUUGCUACCUUAUGUUAGACAGAGGAUAGAAUACGCUCACCGGCGUUAAAA